AACUUACAAGAGUGCCCAUAUAAUUGGAAUCUAUCAAUCUCUUUCUCUCUCUCUUUCUUCUGAAUCUCUCAAAUUUUUGUUGCCAUUGUUGUUGCUCUGAAAUCUAUUAACUUUGGUGGUUUUGAUUUCCGGAAUUGGCAUUGCCUUUGAGAGUUUAAUCUUCAAUUUGGUUCUGAAUUUGGCAUCUACUAGUGAGGCCAUUUCCUGAUUUGGAUUAUAAAGAGUGGAAAAAAAGCUAGCCUUGUUUCCUUAGGAUUGUGGUAAUGAGACUAUGUACUUCAAAAUUGAGACUUGUUUUGAUGAAAGAAGCGAAUGACAAAGUUUCUGUGGAGAGCAAGAGGAGUUAGUGGUUUCUGUUUACGAAAGAGACGAUUUUUUUUGAUAUGAGAAGUUCUUGGUACAAGAGUGUUGCCUCGGUUUUUGGUCUUAGACCACGGAUCAGAGGAUUGCUUUUCUUCAUUGUCGGUGUUGUGGCUUUAGUUACUAUUUUAGCACCAUUGACAUCUAAUUCGUAUGAUUCUUCGACGAGUUCGACACUUGUGCCCAACAUUUAUAGUAACUAUAGGAGGAUAAAGGAGCAAGCUGCUGUUGAUUAUCUUGAUUUGAGGUCUCUUUCUUUAGGGGCUAGUUUAAAAGAGUUUCCUUUGUGUGGUAAAGAAAGAGAAAGCUAUGUGCCUUGUUAUAAUAUAACUGGGAAUUUGCUUGCUGGGCUUCAAGAGGGUGAGGAGUUAGAUCGACAUUGUGAGUUUGAAAGAGAGAAGGAAAGAUGUGUAGUUCGACCUCCGAGAGAUUAUAAAAUACCACUUAGGUGGCCACUUGGUAGAGAUAUCAUAUGGAGUGGUAACGUGAAGAUUACCAAAGAUCAGUUUCUUUCGUCAGGAACCGUGACAACGAGGUUAAUGUUGCUUGAAGAGAAUCAAAUUACUUUUCACUCGGAGGACGGCCUGGUCUUUGAUGGGGUCAAAGACUAUGCUCGUCAAAUUGCUGAGAUGAUAGGUUUAGGAAGUGAUACUGAAUUUGCGCAAGCGGGUGUACGGACUGUGUUAGACAUUGGUUGCGGCUUUGGUAGCUUUGGUGCACAUUUAGUGUCUUUGAAGCUGAUGCCUAUAUGUAUUGCUGAGUAUGAGGCAACUGGGAGCCAAGUCCAGUUAGCUCUAGAGAGAGGCCUUCCUGCAAUGAUUGGCAAUUUCUUUUCAAAACAGCUUCCUUACCCGGCAUUGUCUUUUGAUAUGGUCCAUUGUGCUCAAUGUGGCACUACUUGGGAUAUCAAAGAUGCAAUGCUACUUUUGGAAGUGGAUCGUGUUCUGAAACCCGGGGGAUACUUUGUUUUAACUUCCCCCACAAACAAAGCACAGGGAAACUUACCAGAUACCAAGAAAACGAGCAUCUCAACACGGGUGGAUGAGUUAUCUAAGAAAAUCUGUUGGAGUCUAACAGCUCAGCAGGAUGAGACGUUUCUUUGGCAGAAAACUGUAGAUUCAAGUUGCUAUUCGUCUCGUUCGCAAGCUUCUAUACCUGUUUGCAAAGAUGGAGAUAGUGUUCCGUAUUACCACCCACUGGUUCCAUGUAUAAGCGGAACCACAAGUAAACGCUGGAUUCCUAUACAGAACAGGUCUGCUGUUGCAGGAACAACCUCUGCUGGGCUUGAAAUUCAUGGUUUAAAACCAGAAGAAUUCUUCGAGGAUACACAAAUAUGGAGAUCAGCUCUGAGAAACUAUUGGUCCUUGCUUACACCUUUGAUUUUCUCUGACCACCCAAAGAGACCCGGUGAUGAAGAUCCUCUCCCGCCUUUUAACAUGAUACGCAAUGUGAUGGACAUGAAUGCUCGUUUUGGGAAUUUAAAUGCAGCCUUACUUGACGAAGGAAAGUCCGCUUGGGUAAUGAACGUUGUCCCAGUCAAGGCACGUAAUACUCUUCCUAUCAUACUUGAUCGUGGUUUUGCCGGUGUCCUACAUGACUGGUGUGAACCAUUCCCGACAUAUCCUCGAACAUAUGACAUGCUUCAUGCCAAUGAACUUCUCACACAUCUUAGCUCAGAACGAUGCAGCCUAAUGGACUUAUUCUUGGAGAUGGACCGGAUUCUUCGCCCUGAGGGAUGGGUUGUUCUAAGCGACAAAGUGGGAGUAAUCGAGAUGGCUCGCGCACUUGCAGCUCGAGUGCGUUGGGAAUCACGAGUCAUUGAUCUUCAAGAUGGUAGUGACCAAAGACUUCUCGUCUGUCAAAAACCAUUCCUCAAAAAAUAACUCAAAAGCAACAUCAAUAUGCUUCUUUCACCAUAAACAACAUUCACUACACAGUCUUUUCACUGAUCCAAAUUAUGUCUCCUGCAAAUUCUGGAGAGAAAUCAAUUUUUUUCUUGUUUCUCGGAUGGCUUUUUAAAACUUGUGAAGGGACUAUGUAAGUGGAAGCUGUAGCUAUGAGUAGAAGAAAAAGUUUUUAGAUUCAAUA